GUGGCGGGUGCAGCUCAAGGAGUCCGGCGGAGUCCGGCGGAUCCCGAAGCGUUGGCGCAAUGGAGGGACUGGAAGAAAAUGGAAGUGUCCAAGUUGGAGAAUUGUUACCUUGUAAGAUUUGUGGAAGAACGUUCUUUCCAGUGGCAUUGAAAAAACAUGGACCUAUUUGCCAGAAAACUGCCACUAAAAAACGGAAGACUUUUGAUUCAAGCAGACAAAGAGCUGAAGGAACUGAUAUUCCAACAGUGAAACCUCUUAAACCUAGGCCUGAACCACCAAAGAAGCCAUCUAAUUGGAGAAGAAAGCAUGAAGAGUUCAUUGCCACAAUAAGAGCAGCUAAAGGCCUUGGUCAAGUGCUAAAAGAGGGUGGCAAACUUCCCCCACCUCCUCCACCGUCUUAUGAUCCUGACUAUAUUCAGUGUCCAUAUUGCCAGAGAAGAUUUAAUGAAAAUGCAGCUGAUAGACAUAUAAAUUUCUGUAAAGAACAGGCAGCACGUAUUAGUAAUAAAGGCAAAUUUUCUACUGAUACCAAAGGAAAAUCAACUUCUCGGACACAGUAUAAGCCGCCUGCACUUAAAAAGUUUAAUUCUCCUGGGACCACCUCAUCAGGAUCAUCACGAUUACCACAACCAAGUGGCACUAGCAAAACUGUUGUAGGUGCUCCUUCAGGUAAAGUGUCUUCAGUUGGCAGCUCUUUGGGAAACAAACUUCAGACCUUAUCUCCCUCCCAUAAAGCGAUAGCAGCCCCUCAUGUAGGGACUAACAUCAAACCUCGAAAUUCCACGCCACCUAGUUUGGCCCGAAAUCCUGCCUCAGGUGUGCUUACAAGCAAAAGAAAAACAUAUAGUGAUAGCUACAUGGCCAGGCCAGAUGGAGACUACAUCUCUUCAUUUAAUGGUGGAAACACUAAAGGCAUUGAAGGAAAUUCAGCGGGACACUUACCAAAAUUCUGCCAUGAAUGUGGGACUAAAUACCCUGUAGAAUGGGCAAAGUUCUGCUGUGAAUGUGGCGUUCGAAGAAUGGUUCUGUGAACAGAAUCCAAAAAAAAGAAAAAGCUAAGUCCUGAAUUUUAUGAUUAUUGCUGCUUGGACAUGUAGA